AUGUUUCGCCUCUCAUCUAGGUGUCUACGUAAGUCAGUGCCUGCAGUGCGAAAGGCUGCCUUUCCUUCUUUUCCCUGUAGUGCGCUGGCCUCUGCCCACUGCAGACAUGCAAGUACCAUAGCGUCACUGCCGAGCAAGUCUAGAGUCGGAACGAUCUUCACUGCACUCAUCCUGUUGGGUGCUGCGUCCACGGCAUAUGGGCUAUACGAGUUCUAUACCAUGUUUACAAUCUGGCCCAAGGAGGUCCGUGGAGACCUUCGGGCUGGAAUUAAAGCAAGGAGUCAAGAGGAUUUGGGAUUGAGCGAACGUUUCUUGCGUCGUGCUUUAGACACCGCGCACAACUUGCCUCUUGAAGCGUUCGGUUCAGAUCCUUAUCUGAAGCUGUCCGGGAUCGCAAUCGCGCUAGCAGGCGUGCUUGAGGACAACAAUAAGCCCAGAGAAGCAUACGACACGUAUGUUGACUCCCUCACGAAGCUACGCCAGGCAAGUGGACUUUCUAGCCAGGAACGUCUUCGAGCCGUCGCCGUCGCACAUAAACUCGGCGAGAUGGCGGAGACUUACCAGCAGCCUGCUAUUGAGGAGGAGCAAUGGCUCGUAUAUGCUGUCGAAGAGCUCCUACGGAUACUUCGAGACGAGAACAUCAGUACUCAGCUUGCCAUGCCGACACAUGACGCAGACGAAGAGCACAAGACUGUCAUUGCGGAGCUAGAACUGCCGAAGUGGGUCGAGAAGACAGACGUCAUUGCACCUUUGCAAGCGUUGGGAGCGUUUUACAACCGUACCGGAAAACAAGAGUACGCCGUGCCAUUGUACCUCUCCGCUUUGAACGUCCUCUUGCCACCGGGCAACAAAAACACGUCUGCUGAGAACAAAUGUCGAGGUGCUGACCUCAUGAACAGCCUAGCGGACAGCCUGCUGCUUGGUGCUCCAACGCCAGAGCGGCGACACCAGGCAGAAGCGUGGGUUGACAGAGCACUCAGCACGAUUGAGAAGACACAGCACGAUAGCAAGAACGACCCUGAGGGAUCAGUUCACUGUGAGCUGGUGUUAGCUGCUGCAUUGUUCAACAAGGGUUCGAUGCGCGAGAUGGCUGGCGACUUGGAAAGUGCGAAGAGCUCGUACCUCGAAAGCCGGAAACAGUCGUACUUGCUGAAACAGCGCGACGGCAUCAUUCAGGCUGACACAGCGAUACGGAGAGUCGACCGGCUGAGCAAGUAG